CAACCAUGUUAAUUGGCAAAAUUUGAUGUUUUUCGCCAAUUAUUUUGUUGUUUAUCCUAUUCCUAAUCAGCUCGAAUCGAUAUCUCUUCAGYUGGAAAACGAAGGAGGAGCAAGAAGAAGACGAGAGGAAGAAGAUUGCUCCGCUUUCUCUCUGAUAAAUAGUCUAAAUUAAUCGGAAGAAAACCAUUAUGGUUGCAGAGACCAAACCCACUGUUUCAAAGCUCAAACCCGGUAAUCAAGAUGGCGGCUCCAGAUUAAAGCUCGAAUCCUCCGACAAUAAGAGGAAGAUUGAGAGCUCCACCAAGAGCUCAAUUGGUUCCAAACCGAAAUCCGCGUCUGUUCUUAUCAAAUCCGAGGUAAAGUCAAAGAUAACAUCAAGUUCUUCAAAAACGACAUCAAAAACUACUACUACUACUACUACUACUACUAAAGUUAGAGAAAAGAAAGUGUACAAUUUGGCUGGUCAGAAAUAUGAUCCUCCUGAAGAGAGAGAGCCGCUUCGGAUAUUUUACGAGUCCUUGUCAAAACAGAUACCAACAAGUGAAAUGGCAGAGUUUUGGAUGAUGGAGCACGGCAUGUUAUCUCCCGAAAAGGCAAAAAGGGCGUACGAGAAGAAACUGAGAAGACAAAAGGAACAGCGGACGGGGACUCCAGUUAAAUCACCAAAACUGCCAAGCAAACCAGAGAGUUCACAGAAGCAGCAGAUGUCAUCAAAGAAUGGUGAUCUAAAAGCCAAGAAAAAGAUCACAAACGACAGCAGCGAAGAUGACGACUUCAUUUUAAGCCCCAAGAGAAGGAAAAUGUAGGAAAAACGCUCUCCCACAAGCCAGCCUUCCCGCCCUUGUUUCUUAUUAGCAUACUUUUUCGAGAAAUUAGUUGAUUAAAAUUUCCUUAAAGAGUCUUAACUGCAAAACUACAGAGAUGAUCAUAACCCAACAGUAUUUACCAGGACAUUUGUUUAUGCUCUACAACCUGUGUAAGGACAAUAAUUUAAGGAGAGAGACAAGUUUCAUGGUUCAAAUCCUUUUCACUUAA